AUCAGUUUUUUAAGCUUAUCUAUGUCUUCGUCUAUAUCCUGAUAGCUGAAAUCGAUGCCAUAUCGCUGCUUUUGUAACUGCGCAUAUGCAACAGCGCCUUUAACCCGCGCCUUCCUUGGAGUAUCGAUAUGAUGAAAUCGUCAUGAUGUCAUUGAGAUUGAUGUCGCAAGGGUUCAGUUGGUUGUGCGUAAUGACGGUGUUGUGUGCCGAUCGUUUCCAAAUUCCCUGUUUUCCCGAUAUCCACUUGCCGAGAUUCUUCGUUCACCCUUUUUCUGCCUCUGCGCAUCCCGAUGAUAAUAAUCUCAAAGCAAACAAUGUAGUUGUGGUGACUAUAGACUCCAUCAAGCUACAGGAGCCUCGAAUAUUUGAUUAGGUGGCGGCGGUCGGAUAACGCGAUUCUCAAUACAAG